CGUUUACCAGCUGGCAGUAAACUUUUAAUAAAAAAAGUUGUUCUUCAGUUAAAGAAUAUUUAGUGUUAUGGCGUCUGUACUAGAUUUAAUUAAACACUAUCAACAUGCGAUUGAAAAAUAUUGCAAUGAUGAACAGAAAAUUUUAAAGUGCAUAGAUAAGUUGUUUCACCUUAAUGUGACAGUGCAGCACCUUCAAGAAACUGGAGUGGGCCGAACUGUUAAUGCUCUUCGUAAAGAACCUGGAGAUGUUGGCCAGGCUGCCAGAGCACUUGUGUACAAAUGGAAGCUAAUGGUUGCUUCUGAAGAGAGUGACCAGGAAACAGAUAAUAAUGAAACAUCAAAAUACAAUGGUCAUGAUGAUGGAAAUUCAAAUGGCAACCAUAGAUCAAAAUACAAACAAGAAAAAUAUGAAACUGAAUCAAAAAAAGAGGAUAAAUCACAUAGGCACGUGAAUGGUGACCACAAUCGUAAUAAGAGAAAAUAUCAUAGUAGUGAGGAAGAUGAACCAGAUGAUAAAAAAUCCAAACAUAGUCAAAACAAAGACAUUAGUUAUAAAAUUAAAACAGAGCCCAAGUCUGAAAAAUCUGAAAGUGAAAGUGAAGAAUCCUCGGACUCUGGGAGUGACAGUGUCACAUCAAAUUCAACAGAUAAUGAAAAAGUUGAAUAUAAAAAAAUCAAAGAAGAAAAAAUAGACGAAUAUAAAUCUCCACCAAGUAAACAUUCUAGCAACCAUAGUCAUAGAAAUAAAAGUUCAUCGAGCUCUGACAAGGACAAGUCAUUGGAAAAACAUUCUAAAUAUAGUUCUGAAAGUUCUAAACACUCGUCAUCAAAGGAUAGAUCUCAAAGCUCACAUAGACACAGUUCAAAAGAAACAAAAGAAAGGGACCAAAUUAAAGAAAAAAAGGAAAAGUCUUUUGAGAAAGAUCGACUGCAGAAGGAAACAACCUCAGAUAAACAAAAAUCUAAAGAAUCAUCAAGCAAACACAGCAAAUCGUAUACCCAAAAGGAUGAAAAAGAAAAGUUAAGUAAAAGUAAGUUACAUGACAAAGACAGGUUGUCUGAAAAAGAGAAAAGACCAGAUAAAGAAAAGAAACAUUCUGAAUCCUCAAAACACAGUCCAGACAAACAUAAAUCAAGUGAAGAAAAGAGGGAAAAAUCUACAAGUAAAUCAGAUAAACAUUCUGAAAAAGACAAGCAUAGAUCUAGUAAGGAAAAACAUAAAUCAGAAAAUGAAUCAAAAGAAAAAAGUAAAGACAGACAUCAAGAAAAAUCAAAAGAUAAAUCUAGUUCCUCUAAAGAUAGAGAGCAUAAGAGAUCAUCAUCAAGUGAUGUUAGUAAAGAUAGAAAGAAAUCAAAAAGUGAUAAAAGUGACAGCAGUCGAAGUGACAGUAGUCGAAAAGAUAAACAUAAGUCUAGUAGUAAAAGUAAUGAUAUACCAAAGAAAAAAAUUGAUGAGAGUAAUGGUGAUAGUGAUGGCAUUGGCUGUGAAUCAGGUGCCAGUUUCGCUGAGGCCCUUGGCAUGGUGAGUCCGGUGAAAUCCAAAAAGAAACAAAUCAAAGAAUCACACUCGCCUAGUUCCUUUAACGGAGAUCUCAGCCCAGCUUCGAUGCUGGCUCCGGAUGCAAAAUUAGCUCCUCUACCAAACAUUGAAAUUUCGGCUCUACCAGAGAUAUCGCCGAACUAUAAGCCGAGACCGCCUCCCAAGUUUCUCCCACAUUUUGAUGAUAUGGAUUUAAGUACUGUUAUGUCGUCGAAGAACCAAAGAACAAAAGUUUACUCUGGAAAUAAGGUGAUAGGGAAAAUACCUUCGCUGUAUGAAAUGUGUGUUCAAGUCCUGCAAGAACACAUUGAUGCUCUGGAAUACACUGGUGGUGUGCCAUAUGAGAUAUUGAAACCAGUUGUGGAUAGAGCGACCCCUCAACAGCUCUUUAUGUUGGAGCACUUUAAUCCCUAUCUUAUGGAGGACACUGACCAUUUAUGGCAGAAGUUCUGUGAAAAGCAUUUUAGGAAUAAGAAACGAAUGGAGAUGGAGACGUGGCGGGAGAUGUAUAUGCGUUGUCAAGAAGAGCAAGAAAUCAAACUAAAAUCCCUGACGGAGAAUAUAAAAAUAGCGCAAGAAGCAAAAAAGGCGCCAAUCAAACAGACCAAGAUGGCGUACGUUGACACAGUUGUCAAACCACCGCGAAGUGUUGCCAGGAAACAAGCGCAGCACGGAACAGCAUUUGCUGCAACUGCAAGUCCUGCAGCAAGAGUAGCAGCAUUGGCUUCUGCCCCCAACGUACUGAAGGGUGGAAGACCUACUCCAGUUACAACACUCUCUCCUUUCGUGAAACCUAAAAAAGCACCCCUAAUGCAAAAAGCCCUCCAAUUCAUGAGGGGAAGAAAACGGUGAAUUUCCAUAGAAAUUAUUGUAAGCAAGUGUUACCGACCAGCGAUGAUGUGAGUUUUUAUCUUGGUUCAACUAUCCAUUAACAGGGAAUUUGUAAAUAAUAUAGUGUUUUGAGGUACAAGUGUCCUAAGUAGUUUUCCUAUGGUUCAAGUCGUUAGAUAAAGUAGUACUUGUGAGAAUUUAACUUUGACUAGGUUUUGUAAUGCAAAUAGUAAAAUAUGCAAUGUUCAAAUUCUGUACAGAAAUUAUUGAUUGAUUGCAUUGAAACAUAUUUGAUAGGAAUAUCUUAUUGUAUUUUGUAUCAUUUGAUUUUUUUAACCCCCACGGUUAAAAAAUUCAAAUGAUACAAGAUGUAUAAAUGUAAUAAAUAUAGAAAAAUCAAUAAUUCUAUAUUAUAAACUCUUUUUAGAGCUUUAAAUUCAUAUAUUUUUUUAUUGACUUAAGGUGACAUUUAGAGUCCAAGCUAUGCCUAAAUAUGGCUCCCAUAUGUCAAAAAAGUAUUGGAGUUACAAUUCAUACUAGUUCUUGACUUAAUUAUUUAUUUAAAUUUUAUUUGCUUUACAGGUUGAAAUUUACUUAGAUGUACAAAUAUAUACUCUCUUAAUAUAAAUUAUACCAAUAGGUAAUAAUUAAUUUGGUUUUAAUACAAAGUAUUGUUUUUUCAUAAACUGUUUAGACUUUCUUUUUAAUCCUUUUUGAUUGAGAUUCAAAGACAAGUUUACAUGUUUAUUAUAUAUAGAAAAAUCUUUUCGAUUUCUGAAAAAUAUUUCUACUAUAAUUGAUACAUAAUCUGGCAAAAUAAAUUGAACAUAACUCACACAUUGACUGGUACACGAAUUAUUUUAGAAAUAUUUUAGUGUAAUAUAGUCUGUAUGUAGUAUAUUGAUUGUAGUGAUUAAUUUAAGAGUAUGAAAUAGAUGUGUCUGGUUCCUAUACCUAACAAAUGACUGUUGGUAUAUUGAUGUUGCUAUAUUCUACACAAAUUACGAUCAAAAUUGCAUUGAAUGCAGGUAUGUAUUUAGAAAAGCUUUUUCACAGUUGGAAUGAUAUAGAAACCUGACAAGAACAGAUUUGAUGUAUUUGACCAAUUCUUAUUGUUUGACAGUUAUGUUAUCAUGAUUUUCAUGAAAUAUAUAUUUUUAUAUUUUAUAUCAUCACAAUGUGAUUUCACUGGGACAAUUCUAAACAACAAAAUAAUUUAAUACAAUUGUUAGUUCCAAUUGGAAAAAGCAUAUUUUAAAUAACGAAAAAACGUAUGCAUAUACUCUUGAAAAUCAUGUCAUGGCCUUUCACAUCUUGAGGAUAAGAUUCAGAGACAGAUUAUUUUUACCAGUAGUCAAAUUCAGACAACCAUAUUUGACAGGUAAGAGACCUAGUUCCUAUUUAGUUGUCUCUGAACCUUAGCCCUUCGCUAACCUUAGAAAUUCGCGCCAAAGAACUGUCUACCUACUUUACAGUAGUAAGUAAAUUGUCCUUUGUAGUCACAAAAUGUUUGGUAUAUAAGACGACCUAUACUCCUCAUCUAAGUAAGGAAUUUCACAGACCGUAAAUGUUAGUGUGGCUUUUGAGUUCUGAGGGAAUCAAUCUAUUGUGUAUGUAUUGUAUACAAGUUGUCUUUUAAAUUAUUUCUUUCUUUUGCAUAUACUUUAAUCCUCAUCUUCAUGUCUUAUCUUCAGCAAAUAAAAAAUGUGUACAUAAAUA